GUAGAGUCUAAAACUCGAGUCGCUGCCUUCCCAGAGUCUACUGUCAGAUCAGCUGGCCUGGUGGGGACGCGGGCCUCACCUCCUCCGGCUCCCUGUCCUGCAGGUCUGCAGCCAUGGCCACCGUUGAACAGAGUAUCUGCCAAGCCCGGGCUUCCGUGAUGGUCUACGAUGACACCAGUAAGAAAUGGGUACCAAUCAAACCUGGUCAGCAGGGCUUCAGCCGGAUCAACAUCUACCACAACACUGCCAGCAACACCUUCAGAGUCGUUGGAGUCAAGCUUCAAGAUCAGCAGGUUGUGAUCAAUUAUUCAAUUGUGAAAGGGCUGAAGUACAAUCAGGCAACGCCAACCUUCCACCAGUGGCGAGAUGCCCGCCAGGUCUACGGUUUAAACUUUGCAAGUAAGGAAGAGGCGACCACGUUCUCAAACGCCAUGCUGUUUGCCCUGAACAUCAUGAAUUCCCAGGAAGGCGGCCCCUCCAGCCAGCGUCAGGUGCAGAAUGGCCCCUCUCCCGACGAGAUGGACAUCCAGAGAAGACAAGUGAUGGAGCAGCAGCAGCACCAACAGCGCCAGGAGUCCCUCGAGAGAAGAACCUCGGCCACAGGACCCAGCCUCCCGCCGGGGCACCCCUCCUCUGCAGCCGGCGCCCCUCUCUCCUCACCCCCACUGCCGGCCGGAGGGGCCCAGGGCGCGAGCCACGACGAGAGCUCCGUGUCUGGCCUGGCUGCCGCCCUGGCUGGGGCCAAGCUGAGACGAGUGCAGCGGCCAGAAGAUGCGUCCGGAGGCUCCAGUCCCAGCGGGCCCUCGAAGUCUGACGCCAACCGGGCCAGCAGUGGGGGUGGCGGAGGAGGCCUCAUGGAAGAGAUGAACAAGCUGCUGGCCAAGAGGAGAAAAGCAGCCUCCCAGACAGACAAGCCGGCUGACAAGAAGGAAGACGAAAGCCAAACAGAAGAGCCCAGCACCUCUCCAUCUCCAGGGACCCGAGCAGCCAGUCAGCAGCCCCCCAGCUCAUCAGAGGCCAGCCGGAAGCCCUGGGAGCGGAGUGGCUCAGCGGAGAAGCCCGUGUCCUCCUUGCUGUCCAGAACCCCAUCUGUGGCCAAGAGCCCCGAAGCUAAGAGCCCCCUGCAGUCACAGCCUCACUCUAGGAUGAAGCCGGCGGGGAGUGUCAACGACGUGGCCCUGGAUGCCUUAGAUUUGGACCGGAUGAAACAGGAGAUCCUCGAGGAGGUGGUCCGGGAGCUUCACAAAGUGAAGGAGGAGAUCAUUGAUGCCAUCAGGCAGGAGCUGAGUGGGAUCAGCACCUCGUAGGCCGGAGCCCCCGAUGCCGCCCACGACCCCGGGCCACCCGACGGCGGGGACCCCACAGAGCCCAGCGCCCAGGCCUCCAGCACACUCAGCACGCGCUGAAGCUAGGACGUGCUUCGUUUAAGUCUUAACCUGUGAUAAAAUAUUAAAAUGAGGAGAAAAGUUCAGUUCCUGGAUUUUUUUAGAUUCAACCUGACACAAAACACCAGGCCUGCAGCCUUUUUUUGUAUUUUAUAUCUGCCUAUUUAAAUGUAUGUUUCUUUGGGUUCAUAGAGAAGACGCCCCAAGUCACGCGCCUCGUUAGAAGGUCUCAAGUUUUCUCCUAGGUGCCCCUGGGCGCGGCGGCCGCUUCCACGCGGCUCCUCCCCACGUCCCGGCGGUGAGGGUCCGUCCACGCACCAAGCCGUCUGUGUCCACGUGGUAAUAAACGCUUACUGUCCACACCCCG